AUGAAAGCCAUAGCUGUAUGCGCACUGCUUGCAGGGCUGACGGGCGCCGUGGAUGUCUACUUGCAUCCAGCGAGUACGGUAGUCUCGAGUCGCAGUGCGUCGCAAGCAGGUGCCGCGCUCUCGCGCCAUCUCGGGCUUGAGUACCACGAGGCCCUGGGAGAUGACCUGGAGUUGACAGAAAGCUUGGGAAGGCAAGAGGCAUUCGUUGGGAAGGGACCCGGGAGUGCUCUGCUGGUCGGUGUCAACGAAGAAGACGCAAAAGCUGCCAUCCCAGCUUCGUAUGAGGAAUCAUUUUCUCUGUCCUCGGACUUCUCUGCAACAUCUCUCUCGACUCUCAUUCCCACGUAUCUUGACCGCGCUCGGCAUACCUACUCCAACAUAUUCGCACCCGAAACGCUACCCGAGAAGACACCCCGCAUAAUCGACAUCUUCUCUGUUCCCUCUUCCGCAUCACAAACAUUCCUGUCACAGAUGACCACUCUCGUCGACUUUGUGGAGUCUGACGACAUUCCUACCGACAAGUUCGCGGCCGUCCUGCUUACGGGCCUCUCCGAGCUUGCUACAGAGCAUGGCCGCCAGAGUGAGCAGUACAAGCUCGCCGCCGAGACCAUCCGAGGCUUCCUCUCCAGUGUAACGGAGAAACGCGACCUCAAGCUUGCUGUGGUCACCCUUCCUUCCACAGUAUCGCAGGCGAAGAGACAGGUCAGCUCUGCGCUUCAGCCACCGCAGACACCUUUCCCUCCCCCAAAGCCUGGCCCCGCUGAGCCUAUCGACGCGAUUGCCACGUGCUAUUCAACGGCUGAGACGUGCGGUAACUCGACCAGCUCAUGCAGCGGGCACGGACAAUGCGUGCAGGCAAGCAAGCAGGGGCGCACGUGCUACGUCUGCGCCUGUUCGGCAACCAAGGAUACGAAGGGCCAAACAGAGGAUUGGGCUGGGAGUGCAUGCGAGCGCAAGGAUGUCAGCGGACCGUUUGUAUUGCUUUCUGGGACAGUGAUUGCCCUAAUCUUGCUCGUUGGCGGAUCAGUCGCGUUGCUCACUGCCAUUGGCGAGCAGGAGCUGCCGAGCACGUUGACAGGUGGUGUCGUACCGACAAGAAAGGAUUAG